AUGAAAGUAUUUACAUUCCUGAAGCUUAUCUUGUAUAUAAAUAAAUAAUCGAUUUUUUUAUUUAGUCUUAUUAAAAGGAUUAAUGGCAAUAAGAAAGAAUAUAGUAAUAAAACACUUAUAACAAUAUCAAAAUGUUCUAAAAAUGGAAUAAUCUAAGAUGAGUUAGUUGAAUAAUUUGAUGAUCAAGAUCUUUCAAAUACAUAUUGCUUAUAUUGGAGUAAGAUUGAUAGUCUUGCUUUAUAUGGUACUGAUGAUGCUCCAGAAUAUUAAUAUAUAAAUGUGAGUUUUACAGUUUGUUAGAAUGGAUCAAGUAAUUAUUUUUAUUUUAUAAUAAAGAACCUGGUAUCGUUUGUGCUGAUUAAGAUACAAUUCAAAAAGUUUUAAAUAUAAAUUAUAUACACUUUUAAUUGACAUCAUACAUCAUUAAUUUAAGAGAUUUCCUCUAACCACAAAUUCCAAAAGUAGAAGACAUUUACACAACCAUAUCAGCCAAAGUAACUAAAGAUGUUGAAAUAUUUAUGUAACCUAUUACAACAAUAACUGAUUAUGGUUACUUCCAAAAAGAACUACGUAAAGAUACUACUAUUAGAUAUUAAUAAGAUAAAGAAAUUAUUGAUUUUAAUACUGAUACAUCUUUGACAAAUGUUGUUAUUUGCCUAUCUGAUACUGAAUAAAUUAGUUAUCGAAUCUAUCCAAAAGUAUAAGAUGUAUUAGCAUAAGCAGGAGGUUUAUGGCAAAUCAUAAUUGUUGUAGCUUUGUUUCUCUAAAAACCUUUUAGUGAAUUAGCUUAUAAUAUAGAAAUAAUAAAUAAACUUUUCAAUUUUGAAUAAGAAUCACCUAAAAAAAGAACAGAAAAUAAAUCAUAAAAUGAAGAUUUUAAUGAACCAAAACCUUCUAAAACACUUUUGUCAAUUCAAAAUGAUAUAAAAAAUACAAUAUAAACUGUCCCUGAUACUAAAAUAAAAUCCUAAAUCAAACAAGUUGUAUCAAAACGAUUCCCUUAAGGAAGAUAUUAAUCAGUUAAUGGCUCAAAAUCUAGUGGUUUCAUUGAACGAUUCAUAUAAAGUGAAAGAAUUAAUGAGGCAAGGUCUCUUUUUACUUUAGUAUCUUCUAAUAUAAAAAUGAAAUUUAAGGAAUAUGUUCAAUAUCUAACAUAUAGACCUAAAAGGAGAAAAAUGGAUUAAUUAGAUUAUUCGAUUAAGAAAUAUGAAUAAUUUUUGGAUAUACUUUUUAUAAUAGACAAAUUAUAAGAAAUUGAUAAACUCAAACUUAUUUUAUUUAACAAGCUUAAAUGA